AACACGUUUGCGGAGCUUGACGUCUUCCAGCCUGUGCCCCACCGUGGCUCGGAGGCGCUCAAACCAAGCCACACAAGAGCACGUUGACCGAUUUACACAUCGCGUGCCAACUAGCCGCUUCUCGUGACAGCGGGACAGAUGCUUCUCAGGCAAACCCUGCCUCCGCUGCAGGAAGUGCAACCAAGCAGCACGGCGCAUGCUCUCGUACCUCUCCGACAAGCGGACGGCGAGUUAUCCUUUGCUGUAAAGCGCCUCUCUGGAUCAGGAGCGUGCGCCGUCUCACCGUUGUUGCCGGGCUGUGCGUGCUGCCGCACCAACAGACGUCAGUUUGAGUGGGUGAAGGAGGCUCUGUGCGGAGGGGUGAUGGCGGGUGCUGAGGUCACUGUGUCUCCAGGGGAUCUCAUGACGGUGAAGGAAGAGGAGGGGGAGUCCAGUGGCAACAACCAUAAGACUCAAGUCAUCCUGCACCUGCAGCCCAUCCUGCAUGGGGUAAAUGAUGACAUUGCUGACACUGGCACUACAGUCUUGGCCAUAGAGACACAUCAUGAUGACAGUAAAGCAGAAGGAGAGGAAAUUGAGUAUGGCUACCCCAUCACCUGUGGAGACAGCAGAGCCGUUCUACUGUUUAAGAAGUUUGUGUGCCCUGGAAUCAAUGUCAGAUGUGUCAAAUUCAAUGACCAGCUCAUCAGUCCUAAGCAGUUUGUACACCUGGCAGGGAAAGCCACUCUGAAGGACUGGAAAAGGGCCAUCAGACUGGGAGGGGUUAUGCUUAGGAAAAUGAUGGACUCUGGCCAGAUAGAUUUCUACCAGCAUGACACUGUGUGCAGCAACACCUGCCGCAGCACUAAAUUUGAUGUGCUGAUCAACAGUACGAGGCUUCCUCCAGGGACCUCGGUGCAGCCAAGCCUGUCAAGUCUGGCUCUUGACCCACUUGGAGGACAGGUGCCUCUGCUGACAGAGGUUGUGCAUGAUGCAGCGGAGGUAGAGGAGACUUUGGGGGAUAAAUUUAGUGCAACAGCAGAGUGGAGCCCUGGUCCAGCACAGCCUGUAAACCCUACAACAGCCAAUGGACAUGCAGCAAAGAGAAAGAGGGCUGACAUACCUGAUGGAAUAUUGAACCUGUGGAAGGGUGUGGCAGACUCAGGACUGAUGGGGGAGGUCCUGUCCAGUCUCCAGACUGAAUUGUUAGCCACUCUUAAAGGAGUGGAGGUUCGCAGUGAGCGGGCCAACCUGCAGGAGACAGAUGCCAUCAUACUUAAUUCCUUGUGUGAGAUGUUUGGGCUUUUAGAGUCAGUGAAGCAAGCUCUGGACCUGAGGCGCAGCCACACUGAAAAGAGCAAAAUCGAUAACAGCGUUUAUGUGCUGGAUGAGAUUUUGGAGGAACGCAGGAAGCUGGGUUGUGAUAAAAGCACAUCCUACAAAAGCACAUCCUCGAAACGCCUUCGACCUCAACAUCACAACCCGUCGAACAGCCAAACCAAGAACGUGCUCUCCCCCGUGAAGACAAGCCCAGCGAUCCAGACUCUCUCUGUUACUGGUUUAUCUGCCACAUCUUAUGCUCAGCUCACCAUCAACCCUCAGCUCUUCACCCAUUUCUCUGCCUCCCCUGGCCCGCACCACCAUACUGGAGCUGGCAGGAUGGACAAAGAGAGCCAAAGUACUAUGCUGGAGAGGCACCGUGAGCUCAUUGAGAUGGAGAGUCAGCAGAAGGUUCACCAGUGUGUAAAGGAAUGUGUGGAGAAAGAGGACCGCUCAGGGAUCUACAAGGAGCCUGCACAGAGAACUGUUAAGUCUGGAGAAGACCCUCAUCUUAGAAGUCAGGAAGAAGAGGAGACAGAGGGCUUGCAUGACAUCGAAAAGGGGAUUAUAGGAAGAAAGGCAUCAGACAUAAAAGUAAGUGAGAGAGAAACGAUCCCACAGGAAUGCUGGAGGACUAAGUGAGGGAAUGUGCCUGAGACCCGAAGACUUAAAGGAUAAAUGAUUCAAAGACAACAUUUACUUUGUAGAAAAGUAUUUUCUUUUCUUGUAUGCUCAUAUCCACACUGCAGUUACUUUAGUUGCGUUGUGGUUACUUCAGUGGUAUUACAGGCACAGAUUUGUUAUUACAUUGACGUUGGAAAUGGCACAUUCAGGGGGACCAUUUUGGACUGGCUUCUCUAGCAUUUUAACAAAUCAAAGCACUGGAGAGGUGAAAUGAUUAGUCAUUGCACUGAUGAAACGGAACUAAAGGAAAAUUAACCAGCGACAAUUUUGAUAAUCCAUUAAGGAUUUAAAUCCUUUUCUAAGCAAAAUCCUUCCAAAAAUUCACUGGUCCCAGCUUCUCAACUGAGAAUUUUUGCCUGUUUUUUUGACUCCUACCUUUGGAUUUUAGACUGUUGGUCUGAAAAAAUAUACAAUAUUUUGCAAUAUGUCACAAUAUGUCAUACGUUUUGGGAAAUUGCAAAAGGCAUUUUUGU